GUGAUUGACAAGGAUGCCAGCGGUACGAUCUCGCUGGCUGAGUGGAAGGCCACCGAUUGGGGCAACCUCCUCAAGAACAUCAAGACCCCACAUGAAGGACCAGGAACUCAAGCAUUGACCACCGGGCAUCGGAAUGGAGUCUGGCAGGUCCGGACGACCGGAGGCAGCGAACUGGCGGGCGAAAUAACCAUCAAGGACGCCACCACCAUCACCGGCAAGCUGGGCUACCAUCCGCUUACCAACCUUUCCUUGAUCUCCGGCUCUCGUAUCUUCUUGCACGGCCAGGUGCCCGAUGAUGCGUUCCCGAGAGGGGCCGAGUGUCAUCUGUGGCUCGACGCCAUCCACAACACCACGGACGCGAGUUCCGAAUUGCCCUACAUGUUCACCGGCUACGCGGCGCAGAAGCUCGGUAACGGCAUGCCCCUGGUCUUCAUGGGCAAGAUCACCGCCACCUUCUCCAGCUUCCCCUCUUACGUCUAG